GGCAAGCUCGCGAGUUGAGAUGAAGCCCGACUCGGAAUCUUGUGUUGGACACGCGCUGAGAGUGUCCAAGCUCGAGCGACGCAAGAUCUCGCGACCGCAGCAUGACGCUAUGUUGUCGUCUGUUGGGCUGCUCACAGCCAAGGUGGACCCAGUGUCUCUGUCCGAGGCGAUUGAGCUUCUACCCAAGCCGCCAAAGACGCGACCCCACUGAGAACAGGAUCGAUGUCAAGCUCGGAGCAGUUUGCGCUGGCCGGCUCCAUCAUGGUUGCUGCAGCCCCUAUCCCUACCAACAAAGACAUGGAUGAAGGCUCAGUCGGCGUACUCGGCGCUCGACGGCUUCCCCCUGGUUUCCUUGACUUCUUGGCCGGUCUCUCUGGUUCUCCCGGCAGCGGCUUCCCCAGUCCCUCAAGCCAAUUCCCUAUCGGCUUCCCCGGUUUCUCCGGUCCUCCCAGCGGUUUCCCUCCGUUCAAUAUCUCCAAUCUCCCCCCCGUCGGCUCUCUCCCCGGCUUCGGUUCUCUCAAUAUCCCUGACCUCAGUUCUCUCAAUAUCCCCGGUCUCAGUUCUCUCCCCGGCCUCUGUUCUCUCACCGGCCUUCUCGGUGGCACAGGUAGUCCUCACAGUGGCGGUCAAACUAAGCCCGAGAACGCUGUUCAUGGUGAUCUUCUUGGCGGCCUUCUUGGGCCUGUUUUAGGUCUUGUUACCGGUCUUCUUGGCGGUCUUGGGCGGUCUUCUUGACCUCGCCGCUCAGCGCUGUAAUGGUUACCAUAUCAACGUUCGAGGCGGCACGCUUAUGUUCUGGGCCAUGGCGGUGUGCCCCUUGGAAUUGUAUAUUAGAUCCCAGCUCAAAGCUUGGGGCAUCAUGCCAGUCGGACCUCUGUAAGCAGCCGUACAGAAGUGGCCUUCUGGGGAUUCCUUAUUC